AUGAGCGGUCCAAUAUUUAGAAAACGUCGAGAUAGCGAUAGUAAAACAAAAAAAUCUAUUGAUUUUUCUCCUGUAAACAUAUCAAUUUCUAGUUUUAUAACAUCAGAUGAACAUGAUGAAUUAUUACAAAAAUUUGCUGAUGCCACUUCUACAGACGAACAGUUACCUAUUUUAAGAAAAAUAGUAGAUCUGUAUGAAGAUACAUAUGACACUGAUAUUAUAAAGUUUAUGGUGGUUGUGUAUCUACAAGCAGAUGCUGGUCAUCCUGUGAAAUGUUUUAUCUCAAGAUAUGUCACAAAAAACAACAACCUUCAAAAAUCAUUUACAAGUGUACUAGCAUCACAGAUAUCUUCAAGAAUAUCAGCAGAGCCAACACACUACAAGGAAUACUUAGAUGUCGUAAGCAAAGUGGCAACAUGUAUUGAGAAUUUUAACGCAGGUGUAGCAGCUGUACGGAUCAUGGAAAAUGAACUUGUUAAUUACUUGACGAACUGUUUGGGUUUCUGUGUGGAUCUAUUGGCGAGUUUCAGCGAAGACGAAACCUUAACACCAACAGAAGAGAAUGAAAUUUUCAACCUGUCCCAUCUUGCUCUACGCCUGUUACUACAUAUUGUUCAGAAAGCAAACGAUGAGAGCCUCAGCAAAUUAAUCCCUAUGUUCACUGCCAUAGGGAUGUGUGUUGAAGAUCUGAUGUUAGACAAUGAUGUUCCUUUGGAAACAAAAUCAGUGUGUGGCGUUCUCUACAUGUAUAUGUAUAUUGUAGAGAAUGGACCCGACAGUUGGUUAGAUGUCUUGGAUCCUUCCACUUGCAGUGACUCUCUGCUAAACCUGAUGGAAGUCGAAGCAUCCCAACUAUGUUUAUAUUCGGCCUUAGCAACAGUUGUGUCAGUGGAUAAACUGGAGGCAGUAUAUGUAAAAGGUGAUCCGGCUAUCCUAAGCCUGCUGUCUAAGAUAUUGGAGAUCAGCGAAAGGAGUUCGUUAGAAUCAGUAAUUCUUGGCGUCGCGCGCACUGUUCAUCAAAUGAGUAAAAGUCUUGAGAAAAUAAAGGUCACAGCCACAGGGCUGAAGAUAGUGGACUCCCUGAUGAUGUUCGCGUGGUCCCACCUAGACCACUACAUGGACAGCGUGGGGCAACUCACUUCGCAGAUGUUGGACCUAGUGCUCAACUAUUGCGCUAAGUUGGGCAGAAAAGUCGAUAAUGACGAAAGCAGCGACGACGGUAGCAAGCUAAGUGGAAGCAAACCUUCGAAUGAGAUCCAGAAAGAUGCUGUCCCUGCAGAAGAAAUUAAGGAACAGAAAACCAAACAGGUUGUUCUCAACGUUGUGACUGAAAUAAAAGAAAGAAAGAUAGAAAAAUAA